AUGGACGAACUCGACUUCCUGCAAACAUUGACUCCAGAAGAACUCCGUGGUUUCACUGACGGUAUUUGGGGAUUCGAAGAGAGCCCUGGCUCGGUCUACACAGAUGUACGCGAACCGAUGAUCUUACCUGCCCUAUCACUACUAAUUUCCAACAAGGCUACGAACUACUCCUUGGAUGAAAUCGCAGAGGAUCUCUCGUCAGAUAACACUGGUCCUGGGAUUCUCGGAAACCCGUUACACGAACUGUUUAUGCCACUGUCGAGGACAGGCAUGUCGGCCAGAGUAGAAUUCGACAUGACGGCUCGACGCCCGGGUUCUGCGGAUGGUACUCGGCCAGCAAACCAGAAGGAUACGAUUGUGUCUCCCCCAUCUCGAGCUCAAUCAUGUCCCUCGCUGGCUAUGUCGAGCAUCCACUCUAUUCAGUACAAGCCAGCGCCGUUGCUAGCAAUUUCAAGCACCUCAGUGUGCUAUGAGGAAGUUCCAAAACCUUCUACUUCUACGACAUCCCUGGCAGAGCGUAAAGACACUGUCCCUAGUGUGUCAAUAACAUCGCUGGGCGUCGGACUCGACCCUGUGGGAGCCUCACCAGUGCCACCCAUAUCGACGGAUAAUGUAGUCGUCAAGCCCACGCCACUUCCCGUGGAGUUUGACGACUCUAUGAGCCUGAUCCAUAGCGAGCCAGCCAUGAAGAGCACGAGCUUUACGUCGAAACAUACGGCUGGCUCGGGACCGAUUGCCCGAGCUCCCCCGACAGUCCAAGACCACUCGAACGUUCUCUGCUCGACUUCACCUACGCAGCCUCAUGUCAGUAGAAGCUCAAGGACUAUCGACUUCGAAGAACUUAAGCAAAUGGCCGCCGCAGCCAAGAUCUCUAAGCCUUCUAACGAAGCAUCCGUAGACAACACAACAGUUGUACAGGAAAUAUCUCCAAGGCUCUCAAAGAACAUAUCAUCCACCAGCAGCGCGCUAAGUGCAAGUGAUCCUGACUUAUCUAAGGCGGUGAUGUCUGAGUCGGGAAACGUACGCAGCCGUUUGUCAGGAUCUUCAGGUGGUCGCCGCAUAAAGAAGAACAAGUCCUUACUCAAAGAUCAUGGCCAUAGUCAAGAUGAUGCAAUCGUAGUCGAUGACUCAUCAGACAACGACCAUGGGGAGACAGCCCAGCAAGACCCGGAUGAACAUCGAGAUCUGAUGGAGCUCGCCUAUCUGGAUGACGGACAAGCUCCUACAGAAAAGCACGAACAGUCGACACUCAACAGUAACCAGAGACGCUCGCCAAAACGCGCGCGAUCAUCACCCUCGCGCCCAGGCUUCAUUCAGUGGAAGGGCCCCGUCGACAGCAGGCUAGAAAUUGUCGACAAUCUGUGGCUAAAAACGCAAGCUGAAUGGAUUUCCCUACAUCAUGACACGAAAAAGUACACAGGAGCUCUUAUGACCAGCUUUGACAAGAAAAUUUGCAGCGCUGCAAAGAAGUUCUCAUCAGGCGGGUUAUGCGCCUCUGAUGUGCUCACAUUGGAAAAGUCUUGGGGUCUUACUUACAGCGUAGCUUCGACGCAACUUGAGGAAAAACAACACAAAAGGCAAAUCAAGCAGUUUAAGAUAACAUUACACAGGCUCGGGUUGGCAUCAAGAGGACUGCAGGAAGAAGAUUUUGCCAUGGAGGGAGAUGAUGAAGAUGACAUGGAAUGGACCCCAGGCACCAAACCCAAACGAAGGCGCGUCGAAUAG